AAGCCUCACGAUUUUAUUUCUCCCCAUAAUUUACUUCAACAACUGGACGAAAGACACUCCGAACGCCGUCGUUUGCUUAGCUUCAGAAUCUUGUUGGAUAGCUGCUCAACUCAAGUUGAGCUGUUCUCAAAUGGCGGAUAAGCCGCAGCCAGUUCAGGUACUAUACUGUGGAGUCUGCGGGUUACCAGGGGAGUACUGUGAGUUCGGUCCCGACUUUGAGAAAUGCAAACCCUGGCUGAUUCAAAACGCACCCGAUCUCUACCCGGAUUUCCUUAAAGAAUCAAAUGGAACAGAGACAGAUAAAGUCUCUGAUAAGCUUCAGUCGACUUCAAUCUCUGAAGGUUCUUCAGCAUCUAAACCAGAAGAAGUCAAACGUCUUCCUGGUGGAAAGAUAAAAAAGAAAGACAAGCAAGAAAUUAUUAUUGAAAAGGUGACACGGAACAAGCGGAAAAGUAUCACAACCAUCAAAGGUCUCGAACUCUUUGGUGUUAAACUAAGUGAUGCCUCCAAAAAGCUUGGUAAAAAGUUUGCUACUGGAGCUUCCCUGGUGAAGGGCCCAACUGAGAAGGAGCAGAUUGACGUUCAAGGAGACAUAGCUUACGACAUUGUGGACUUUAUUACAAAAACCUGGCCCGAUGUUCCAGAAUCUGCAAUAUUCUUUAUAGAAGAUGGAAAAAAGGUUCCUGCGGCAUAAGCUUAGGAGACUCUAUUCUUGCUUGCAGCAAGGUGUUUUAUUAGUGCGAUGCUCUUAUCAAUAUGAUUAAAAUUUUGGAGUGAGAAUUUGUAUUGGAGCUAUUGAUGCUCGUAUCCCGUCCAACCCUUUUCCCUAUAGUAACUAAGGGAACUCAAAAAACACAAGGGGAUUUUGCAGUUUAGAUAUGGUUUGGUUUGGUUUGCUUGCAGCAUAUCUGCUUGUACAGUUGCUGCAAUACUAUUUUGUUUCUGAAAUUUGGUAUUAUACUGUAUUUAGUGAUAGUUUCUCUUAUUAUUGGAUGGUGAUGGUAUUUAUUCUUGUA